UUCCAAGAAAAAUCCCAAAAGACCAAAACCGGUACGAAAGCACUUCAUCAAUUUAUAUAUAAAAAAAUGCAGAGACAAAUCACACAUCAACAAAACCCGAAAUGGAGAACAACGGCGCGCCAAACCCGCCGCUUCCGCCACCCAGAGUCGCGGUGGUUAUUUUCAUCUUGAAAAACAAGUCAAUCCUACUCGGCCGCCGUCGUUCUACCGUCGGAGACGCCACCUUCGCUCUUCCCGGCGGCCACCUCGAAUUCGGGGAAAGCUUUGAGGAAUGUGCGGCGAGAGAAGUGAAAGAGGAAACAGGGUUAGAAUUAGGUCAAAAUGAAAUAGAGUAUUUGACGGUUACGAAUAAUGUGUUUUUGGAGCAGCCGAAGAAAUGUCAUUACGUUACUGUUUUCAUGAGAGUAGUGUUGGAUGUAGAAGAGGAGCAUAUGGUGAAGAAUAUGGAACCUGAUAAGUGUUAUGGUUGGGAUUGGUAUGAAUUGGAGAAUUUGCCUAAUCCGUUGUUUUGGCCGUUGGAAAAGAUGCUUAAAGGAGGGUUUGAUCCUUUUGCUAUUUGAUUUUUUGUGUGUUAGGAAUCUAUGUAGCAUAGAAUUGGUGCUUAGAAUAAAAGUGAUUAAGUGUAUGCUCUAGUGUUUAGUAGGAUAUGCGUCGGGCACCAGAUAUACCUUUAAUUUGAAAUGUUAGUGCUAUGUGAUUUAGAAGAGAGAUGAAGUCAUUUUGUAGGAUGUAGUCGAGUCUUGAUGGACCGGUUUGUGACUAUGCUUUGAUGUGUUUGUAAUCUAUUUUGAGUCUAUUUGACCAUUGAGUAUAUAUUAGCAACCAUUAGCCGGUUAUAUUUUUGUUGUUGUAGCUUGUUAUUUUGAUGAAAUGAGAAUCAGUCUCAAUUGUGCGAA